AUGAUCGUCCAAUUAAACAACCUUGGCUUGUCUUCAGCUCCAUCGUCUACUCCAGCAUCGGCCAGUGUGUCGACCUACACACCAGUAACUACGACCUCAUUCAGAAUAGCUACUACAUCUACUACAUCUAGUAAAUCUAGUAGUAGUAAAGUUCCCACCACUAGCGUUUACCCGGCUCCAAUUAACCCUCCAAAUCCGGCUCCAUCUGAUUCAUCAUUGGGAACCGGAGUGAUCGUAGCUAUUGCUCUGUCUUCUUUUCUAGCUUUUCUAAUCAUUGUGGGAUUGGGGAUUUUUAUGUGGCGAAAAUCUCGCAGCGAGUACGAAGGUGUAAUCGCCACCCCUGGUACUCUUGGCAGGCAGUAG